CGUCAUACCAUCAGAUGGCGAAUCAGAAAAACACGUCAAAACGAUGUUGUAAUUGAUUCAGUUAUCACGAUACGUUGGUUAAAUUUUACGUAAAAGAAAAAAUAAUUUAUACCGUUGGUUAGCGCGUAGAAAUGACUACGAUAACAAUAUCUGCGGUUCGAAUGCGAACAAGCAUACUCGAUAAGUCAUUGAGCAAAGGGAAAGGAGAGGUUAGCCUGAGUUGUUUCGCGCUUUUAUUUUCGGAACUCGUCCAGUACUGUCAAAAUCGAGUUUACACCGUACCAGAAUUACAAAACAAGUUGGCAGAAAUAGGUGCAGAAGUGGGCCACAGAAUAACAGAUCUCCUUGUUGUUCGAGAGAGAAGUGGGAAACGUGAAAUAAAGUUAUUGAAUAUUUUAUUGUUCAUUAAGAGCACAGUAUGGAAAUCGUUAUUUGGUCGCGAGGCUGAUAAAUUAGAACAUGCAAAUGACGAUGAGCGCACUUACUAUAUCAUAGAAAAGGAAGCAUUAGUAAAUAAAUUUAUAUCUGUACCAAAAGACAAAGGAAGUUUAAACUGUGCUUCUUUUAUUGCUGGAGUAGUCGAAGCUAUUCUUUGCGAUUGUGGUUUUCCAGCAAAGGUGACAGCGCAUUGGCAUAAAGGAACAACAUACAUGGUUAAAUUUGAUGAUGCAGUUGUUGCCCGUGAUAAACAACUUGAAGAUCGGUAAUCAAAAAUAAAAAAGUAAAAAUAUUGUAAUGAAUCUUCGUUUAAAAAAAAUUAACUUUGGUGUAAGCACAUUUUCAAAUUUUAAUUUCAAAUAUACGAGAUAAAGAAAGAUA